UGACGCGCCGCGGCCCCGGCGCAUAUAAGUGGGCGCGUCCGCGCGUGCGCACCCCGCGCGCGCGUCUCUGUCGUGGCGCGGCCUCCCGCGGUCUCCUCUGCAAAUGGGCUCCGUGGCCUAGCGCCCCCGUCCCCGCCACCCGUGAUCGUGCGCCGAGGCCCGCGAGGGGUCGCCGCCCAGAUCCCACCAGCCAGCAAGCUAAAGCAUGGCGGCCAUCCCCUCCAGCGGCUCGCUCGUGGCCACCCACGACUACUACCGGCGCCGCCUGGGUUCCACUUCCAGCAACAGCUCCUGCAGCAGUACCGAGUGCCCCGGGGAAGCCAUUCCCCACCCCCCAGGUCUCCCCAAGGCUGACCCGGGUCAUUGGUGGGCCAGCUUCUUUUUCGGGAAGUCCACCCUCCCGUUCAUGGCCACGGUGUUGGAGUCCGCAGAGCACUCGGAACCUCCCCAGGCCUCCAGCAGCAUGACCACCUGUGGCCUGGCUCGGGACGCCCCGAGGAAGCAGCCCGGCGGUCAGUCCAGCACAGCCAGCGCUGGGCCCCAGUCCUGACCUGAGCGGUUACCACCAGCCCCAGGCCUGCGGAGGCGCUAGUCCACCAGAGCCCCUCCCCGCCCCUCUCCCCACUCCCCAUCCCUCGCCCCCCUCCCCACCUCCCACCCCCCACCCUGUAAACUAGGCGGCUGCAGCAAGCAGACCUUCGCAUCAACACAGCAGACACCAAAAACGAGUGAGAGCCCCGCUCUCUACCGCCCGGCCCCAGCACUCACUAGCUUUCCUGACAUCUGGAACUGUGCACCUGGCACCAAGCGGAAAAUAAACUCCAAGCAGCCAGUA